GAGGCUCUCACGGAAAAUAGUUCCCGCGGACACAGGUCAGCAGUGGAUCUCUCUGGACAGUGUGUUAACGGCGGCUAGCGGUGGUGUUUCUCCGAGCCCACGAAGCCACUCCUGUUCCUGGGAAGGCGAGAUGGAUGAUAGUUCAAAAGACAGCAAGCCCCUUGAAACCAAGGCAUCUGCUAUUAAUAACGCUGAAAAUACCUCUUUUAUUUUGGGAAAUGGGAAGCUUGUAACUCCUCACAAGCCUGCAGCUGAAGUGACUCCUAAUCGUUGCAUGUCAGAUGCUUUUCAAUCACCUUUGAACUUUUCCACAGUAACUGUGGAGCAAUUGGGAAUUACACCUGAAAGUUUUGUAAAGAACUCUUCAGGAAAGUCAUCAUCCUACCUUAAAAAAUCCAGACGACGCUCUACAGUUGGUGUUCGGGGCUCUCCUGAAACAAACCAUCUAAUUCGUUUCAUUGCCCAGCAGCGGAAUUUAAAGAAUGCUUCUUUGACCAAGAAUUCCCCUUGUCAGGGCAGCCCUGUUUUGUAUCGAAAUGUUCAUUCUUUAAGAGAGCAAAUAUCUGCCUUCCAGUCGGCUUUUCACUCCAUAAAGGAAAACGAGAAGAUGACCGACUGUCCUGAAUUCUCAGAGACGGAAGGAGAGUUCAAGACCACAGCCUCGACCAAAAAGGAGAGUCUUGGUGAAUGUCAACAGUGUGAGUUCCCUGCAAACUUGUCAUCCAAGCGACAGAGAACAUCCUCUCCGAGCAGCUCUGAUGGAAAUCUAACUGAUGCCUUUGGUCUCCAGAUACACAAUGUUGCUGCUUUUCCCAAUACAGAUAGACAGUGUGCUGUUGAAACUUCUGCAAAUCUCUCUGAGAAAUCUUCUGAAUCUGGUUUAAAUCUACAGUCUAGAUGUUUAGUUGGAGAGUAUCCUCUACUUUCAGAGCUCACAGAGGCUUCAAGUGGAAUCCAGGUUGCUGACUCUGUAGAGGGCGAAAGAUCCAGCGAUGCCGUUUCAGUUGACAAAUUUACAGAAGUGAGUAUAGACAUGGCUCCUGAAGCCGGGUCACCGGUUACUCCACUGUGCCAGAGGGACAUUCCAUCCUCUGAGACCUUUGUACUUCGUUCUGUGCUGAAGAAACCUUCUGCAAAGCUGUGUCUAGACAGCCUGCAGGAACGCCGUGACAACCUCUGUGAUGGUGGGACUCAUCCAAACUUAAUCUUAAAUCUUGCAAACUGUUGCAAAGAACGAAAAGCAGAAGGUCAAGAAAAUUGUAAAGUACCAGACUCUCUAAAUAUGAGGAAGAGGAAGAGAGUUACUUUCGGAGAGGACCUAAGCCCUGAAGUAUUUGAUGAAUCUUUGCCAGCAAACACUCCGUUGCGUAAAGGAGAAACACCGGUUUGUAAAAAGGAUUUAAGUACCCUCAGUCCCCUGCUACUUGAACAGUCCCCAGCUCCUGAGGGGUUACUUCAACCAAAUUUUGAUGACAAGGGAGAGAAUCUUGAAAACAUAGAACCUCUUCAGGUAUCAUUUGCAGGUCUCAGUCCUCUUAGUAAGUCUUCAAUCUCUGAGACUCUUUCAGGCACUGAUACCUUUGCCUCUUCAAAUAACCACGAGAAAAUAGCCUCCUGUAAAGUUGGUAGAGCAACGCGGACCUCUAACAGAAGAAGUCAGUUGAUCAGUUUUUCAGAAGAGAGUGUUUGCAACUUAUUUAAUACAGAAGCUCAGCCUUGUAAAGAAAAGAAAAUUAAUAGGAGGAAGUCUCAAGAAAGCAAGCGCGCAGACAGAGCACUUCCUAGAAAGAAUCAGGUUUUAAAAAGUUGCAGAAGGAAGAAAGCAAAGGGAAAGAAAAAAAGUGUUCAGAAGUCUUUAUAUGGGGAAAGAGACAUUGCGUCUAAGAAGCCGCUCCUGAGCCCUAUUCCUGAGCUGCCCGAGGUAUCUGAGAUGCCGCUGGUUCCAAGCAUCUGGAGGAUGUGUUCAGAUGAUUUCAACUCAAAUGGUGAACUUGAAGAAGUGAAGCUUCCGAAGAGAAAUAAUAUUUUGCCCCAGAACCCAGAGGAUUGGCAGAUGAUUCGAGGCUUUAAUAAAUACGAUGUGUCUGAAUUCUGCAACUCUGACGUGAAAAGUUCCUCAUCACUUAUUAAUGCUACUUUUGAGCAAGGUUCAAAUACAAGUACUAUAGAAACUAAUGAAAACAAAAAUAUUCCAAAAGCAGCAAUUAUGUUGGAAAGUGAAAACGAACUAAAAACUGGGACUGAGAAUGAAAACAGCCAUAUUUCUUGUCCUUCUGUGACUGAAACACCCAUUGUAUCAGACAAUCCAAAACCUGAUUUUACCAUGCAGUCCCAAGAACUUUCUGCUGCUGGUCAAAAUAUGGAAAACCUUUUUCAAAUCUUUAAAAUCUCAGAAGAUAUAAACAUCAAAUGUGAAAACCAGGAUGACUUCUUAGUUGUCCCAGAAGGAAAACUGCAGACCAAGCAUUUAAUGCCCGACACACAAAAAGAAUGUGAUUGUUCAGAAGAUGUCUUAGUUGACCACAUGAAAGAAAGUAAAAGUCAAGGUGAGGAUUUGGGAAGAAACUCCAUAGCAGGUAGUCGUGGUGUGAGUUACAGAGAAAGGAAAUACAGAAGACAGUCCGUGGCUUGUUCUGAUGGGCAAAGUUUACAUUUGGAAAAAACCGAGAAUCCCAAACUUUCCUACAGUGUGAGCAGCCCUGUAGAAAUUAGUUUAGAAAAUUCCCGACUGUAUAAAGACUUAUCUGACUCCAUUGAGCAAACCUUUCAGAGAACAAAGAGUGAAACCAAAGUAAGACGCAGCACAAGGCUACAAAAAGGUUUGGAAAGUGAAGAAGGGCUUGUGUGGAUUUCACUUCCAUUGCCUCCCGCUUCUGGCAUUUCCCAGAGAACCAAGAGGAGAACAAUAGGUACCUUUGACAGCAGAGGAUUUGAGAACGGGUCCUCCAGGCAAAAACCUUGUGUGCUGCCCUCCACAUCAGGUGAAGAAAGCAGUGAGGGCUUUGCUGCUGCCGCUGCCAGUUUACCUGCGAAGAGAAGGAAGAGCUUUUGUACACCUACACUUGCAGAUCCUAAAAAUACCACCCAGUCGAGAGGCUACCAAAGAACCACCUUUCUCAACCAGAAGGAAGCUCUCCAAGUGACUUCGAGAGAAUCGGACGUAUCAGCGAACUAAAGCAGUAACUGACAUUCCCUGCAGAACGUUUUGGCAAGAGAGAAGGUAACCAGCCAUUCAUGCCUGAAAGAUUCUU